GGAGGAGGGAGUCCAAGCUCUGAGAAACAUCACUCCAUCUCUCUCACUCCACAGGAGCUGAGCAAGGAGCAGGACAAUGUUUGACAACACACAGUACCCCUAUAACUGCUUUAAUUAUGAUGGGGAUGAUUAUCCUACCUGUAGUUCUGAUGAAGAGAAAAAAUUCACCAGACCAGCGUACAGCUACAUUGCCUUAAUUGCAAUGGCCAUCCAGCAAAGUCCUUCAAAUAAAGUCACCCUCUCUGGCAUUUAUGACUUUAUAAUGAAGAAAUUUCCUUACUACAGAUCAAAUCAAAGAGCCUGGCAGAACUCCAUCCGACAUAACUUAUCACUUAACAGUUGUUUUGUAAAGGUUCCCAGAACAGAAGGGAAUGAGAAGGGGAAAGGAAACUAUUGGAGCUUUGCAACAGGAUGUGAAUCCAUGCUGGAUCUCUUUGAAAAUGGGAAUUACAGGCGAAGACGGAGGAGGAGGAAUGUGAAAAGGGAACAUAAGGAGCCGAGACCAAGCAGGGGGAAAAGUCCUUCAUCCUCCGAUAUGUCUUCUAUGGACUCUGCUUUAAACAACAUUUCCUCUUCUGAAAGUAAGCACGGAAGAAUUGAAUCAGGCCCAAGACUGCUGGAGCCUCGUGGGUUUGCUCCAAACAGCAUGACCAACAGGCAAAGCCUAAGCAAUUCCUCCUUAGCAAAAUCGGAUUCUGAAAUUAAAUUCAGCAUUGAUUACAUCCUUUCAGCCCCCGACCCUUUGCCUGUCCUGAGAUCUCAAUAUAAUAUGCAAGAAAAUAAAUAUCAUCUGCUGGAGGCUCAACAAAUUAAUCUCCAGUUCUGGACAAUGUGAUGUUACUUAUUCAUGGCAAAAAGUCUGAGUUGCAGUGUAUUCAGCAGCCUCAUGUCACUGAAAACCAGCUGCUUGCCUCCUCGUCGUCUUCACAAGCAGUACUCAGAAAGGGUUACUGAUUCACCAGCCGAUGCUCUGUCUGUACCCAAAGAACUUUGCUAAGAUAAGAGCAUAAAUAACAGUUACCAAUAUCAGUUUUCAUUAUGCUGAAAUUCAUGAAAUUCUAGCUUUGGUUUCUAAACUGUCGUGGGCACCAUUUAACACCACAAAGAAUUUCCUUUCUCAAGCAGAAUCUGACAGAAAAAAGACUUGCUUAUCACCCAUUGCUGUAUUAAAGACAAAGUGAAUUUGAUUCCACUUUCACUAGUGGAAAUUAGGAUUAAUUCCACUGAAGUAUAUAGGUCAGAACUUAAGCUGAUCUAAAAUAGUGUAAUUCUGUCAACUUACACUGGCUGAGAAUGUAAGGGGGGGUGACUUCACUUUCUUAAAAGGAAUCACAGAGUAUCACUCUGUCUUCCCUUAGUCUUUAUUUUAACAUCUUGUUUCAAACUGUUUUGCAGCUUUCACUCAUCAUCAAUG